GAAUAUCAACCAAAAAUAUUGUUAAUUUUCGUUUUUUAAUUUUUAAUUUUAAGUCGUUGUGAUUUACACGAACGGUACUUAAUGAAAGCAGGCAGCCGCGCUUGAAUCGUAUUUUGUAAAGACGAUUGCAAUCUAAAAUACGAUUUAACAUGGUAAAAUCGUCUCCAUUGCGAUAGCACAGACGAAGCAUUUCUUCUUAAACCCUUCAAGGCUUCAAUACCAAAACCUCUUCUCGCUUUCUUUAUGAUCAUAUCAACAACAUAGGAAUUCGAAGGUAGCGUAUGGCAAUCAAACGACUGCAAACGGUUCGCAAUCUGUUCAAAUCACUGGAGAUUCGAGAAUGCUCAUAUCUCCUUGGGAGCUCAAGAAGCUAUUCAAGUGCCCUUGUCAAUGUUCCCAAAGGUAAUUGGCGGAGCCUUUCUUCUUGCUUAUAUAAUGGCCAUAAUGCUCUUCUAUGGGCUCCUGGGAAGAUGAAGACUCCGAAUUCAGUGAUGGCAGUUGUGUUAUUUAACUUCUUGAAUAACACACGGUUGGUAACUACACAAGCAAAAGUCCCUCCUCAAGUACGACAAAUGGGUGCUUUAAAAGUGUCCAUGUUGAGUCCUGGAAUUAUCUAUGAACCAUAUGCCCCUCGUGAACCAAUAUCAUGUUGGCGGAGAUGGUUCACAAGAAGCGGUUGGAAAAGAACAAAAGAAGAUAUAAUUUUAGAGCUCAAGAGUGCGUAUGCCAUUGCUAAAUUGAGGAAGUCUGGAUAUUCAAAACAACAAUUCUACAGGAAAGCGUUAGAUUUGUACAAGGAGAUAAACACUCUAAUGGCGAAUGGUGACAAAACAUCAUUAAGGAAAGAAGUAACAGAGAACAUGUACUCUGCCUUCAAGAAUGAAAUCAAACUAAGAGAAUCUAAAUGGAGUAGGGUUUACUGGGAAAUGGUUGAGCCAGCUGUUAAAAUACGAACUUUGCGAGCUCGAUUGAUUGGUGUUGAUCGAAAGGACCUGAGUAAAGUGUUCAUACAACUUACACUUGAAUUUCUCACCAAACAGAAGUUUGAGGCAUAUGAUUCCAAAGGAGCUGUUGUUGCUGGAGAUAAAAAUAAGGAGGUUCUUGUUCGUGAUAUCUGGGUAUUUGAGAAAUCUCUGUUCCACCAAGGAUCAUACUGGCGUCUUUGUGGACGAAUUUCAGUGUAAGCUGGCUAUCCUUGACAGAGGAGCAUCAUCUGCUAUGGCUGCUUGCAACUAACUGCCUUUACGCAAUCCAAUAAACUGAGCAGAUCGUAAUCUUAGCCAACAUACAGUUUACUUUUCUGAAGAAUUAAUUGCAUGACUCAAUUGGUGGAUUAAAUGACUUAAAACAGCUUUCAUGGUGGGCAUAAAUGAGCAAAAUCUGCAUUUGAUUUUUUUUAGUUGUUGCAGCUGUGCGUCAGUCAAUCCAAUGUUGUCAUGUCAUAUUUUUCGAAUGAAAAAAUUUAUGUGUUUCAGGUAUGAAUUGUCAAUUUUGUAAUGAUGUAUGGUGAUUUUUUGAUAAAUAGGGAAGUUGUAGAAUGGCCAAAAAGAGUAGUGGUGAAAACUAACUGUCAAAGUAGUUGUGGUUCCCAACCUUCAACUUACGUCACUUUCAAAAUCACUUGCAAGGAAUAUAAUUUAAUUGCUUUGCUUUUGGUACUC